AUUAUUGUCCUAUAAAAAAUGAAAAAAUCUUUUAAAUAAGAUGAUCAAAUUUUGGCAUAUACUAUCGAAAUUGCUCAAGUUUUACGGUUGAAAGUCUCAAUCCCUUUAUCCCUAUCAUGACACCAGCUUGAGGGUUAUUUUAAGCCAUAAUCAAUUGUAGUAGACUAGUAGUAAUUUCGAAUCAUUUUUAUCGAAGAAUUUGAAUAUGUGAAAUUCACCCAUUUUAUGUUGGAGCUCCAUUAAUGGUAAGAAUAAUGGACUAAAUUUUUUUACCAAGGAAAAAAUUAAAUAAUUUCUAAAACUAGUACAAGUUCAAAUUUGAACAUUUUCCCAAAACGCGGAGCAUGAAAUAACGUAUUUGCAUGAAAAUUCUUCUUAGAGAAAAACUUCCCCUCGUAGCUUUCCUUCAUUUUCGGGCAGAACGUUUCUUCCGUUUACCAAAUUAUGAUCAAUCCACUUGUCUCUUUCCUCUCGAUCUCUCUCUCUCUCUCUGGUCACGCUCGAGAGAGAAAGAAAAAAAAAUUAAAUUUUCUUUUCUUGCUACAUUUUUCUUCAAGAGUAAUGUAAGGAAAAUUGAGAAUUCCUUACUUUUCUCUUCCUUCUCAAGAUUCAAAAUCAACGGAUACACAUCACAUCAAUUUGAGAUGUGGGUUUGUGUGAAUGUUGCAUAAAUGGGGAAGAAAAUGGAUCGAAGGAGAAAUGGGUGUUUGAUAUUUUCGUUGUUGGUUUUGGUAGUAGCUGUGAAGGGUGAAAAUUUGGUGUUCAAUGUGAAGCAUAAAUAUGGUGGGCGUAAUAAAGGGUCGAUUUUGAAUGAUCUUAAAGCGCAUGAUAGCCGCCGUCACGGCAGAAUGCUCACCUCCGUUGAAUUCAAAUUGGGUGGCAAUGGCUCUCCCACUGAUGCCGCGCUCUAUUACACUAAGUUAUCAAUUGGAACGCCUUCGAAGGAAUAUCAUGUCCAGGUUGAUACUGGCAGUGACAUUUUAUGGGUGAACUGUGCUGGCUGUGAGGGAUGUCCUACAAAAAGCGAUCUCGGGAUAGACUUGGCGUCAUAUGACUUGAAGGCCUCUACAACUGCAAAAUCUGUUUCUUGUGACGAAGAGUUUUGCAUGCUUAAUACUCCCUACUCGGAUUGCAAGGUGGGAAUGCCAUGUGAUUAUCAGGUUAGUUAUGGAGAUGGAAGCUCAACCUCAGGAUUCUUUGUAAAGGAUGAUAUUCGGUUUGAUCAAGUGUCAGGAGACCUAAAAACAACAUCUAUGAACGGGUCUAUAGCAUUUGGGUGCUCGUCUAGACAAGAACUAAGUAAUCCUAGUCAAGCAGUUGAUGGAAUACUUGGUUUUGGACAAGCAAGUUCAUCAGUUAUUUCGCAGCUAGCUGCAGCCGGGAAGGUGAAGAAAAUAUUUGCACAUUGCCUAGAUGGAAAGAAUGGAGGUGGCAUAUUUACCAUUGGACAAGUAGUUCAGCCAAAAGUAAAUUCAACUCCACUAGUCCCCGAUUUGCCACAUUAUAAUGUUGUUAUGAAAGGAAUUGAGGUUGGUGGUGAAGUUCUAGACAUUCCCACAACCAUCUUCAACACGAAAUCCAGUAUGACAAUAAUUGACAGUGGCACAACCUUAGCAUAUCUUCCGAACAUGGUCUACAGUGCUCUCAUCUACAAGUUGAUGGAACGGCAACCACAGUUGAAUAUUCGUCUUGUUGAGGAGAGUUUCCACUGCUUUGACUACACCGGGAAGAUUGAUGAUGGAUUCCCAGUUGUAACAUUCCGCUUUGCAGAUUCGCUUUCUUUGACAGUUUAUCCCCACGAUUAUCUUUUCCAAGUCACAGAGAGUCGAUGGUGUAUUGGUUGGCAAGACAGUGGAGGAAUGCAGGCAAAGGAUGGAAUGACAAUAACUCUGUUAGGAGAUCUUGUGUUAUCAAACAAGCUAGUUCUGUAUGAUAUCGAAAACCAGACCAUUGGUUGGAUCGAGUACGACUGCUCUUCAACCAUCCAACUCAAAUAUGAAAGCUCUGGAAGUGCUGGAAGCGCGUAUACUGUGGCUUCUCACGAUAUUUCAUCAUCUUCUAUUGUGGAUUCAAGGAAGGGUUUUACAUUCUUUUUUUUAAUCAUUUCCAUCCUGUAUAAUUUGUUGAAGUGAUAUCAUAAACAGCUGUACAGGUGGUCAUUUUUGUACCAUAAUAUUCAGAAAUUUGAAGGUUUCGACAUGUUUCAUUGCAUAUAAUCCUUUUCCUCGGUUACUUCUGAUGAAACAGUCAUUAGCAGUU